CUCAUACACACACAAAAAUAAAAAACUCACACAAAGACAGAGGAGAGAGAAAAUCGCGAAAAAUCUUGGCGCUAGUCUGAAGAGAAUCCCAUUAUCUUUUUUUUACAACGAUCUUUGUAUCUUCUUCUUCACGCACAAAAGUUCACCAUUUCCAGAAUCAUCUCGUGCAAUCCUUUUUGGCGAAGAAGUUGCACAAAGGUGAACUCGACCUUUUCUCUCAUCUUUAGUGAAAAUUUCUACUGAAAGUCACUGAAUUUCUGUUUUCUAGGGUUUUGUGAUUUCUGUUGAAUUGCUGUUUUGGCUGUUGUUUGAACAAUUUGGGAUUUGUGUUGUUGUAAUUAAAGGAGGAAUAUUUUUGAGGGUUUAAGGAACUUUGUGAAAUUUAGGGUUUUUGAAUUUGUAAUUUAGAUGGAGGGAAGUGAUGAAACUGGGGUUAUGCAGAGAAUUCAAUCGUCGUUUGGUAAUUGUUCGUCUUCAGUUUAUAAGCAAAGUGUUAAUCAAUUGGGGAUUAAUGGUCAAAUGCAGAAUUUGAGUGUAUUAGAAGGGAGUAAUCAUAAUGUUAAUAGUAAGAGACCUUCUGGUAUACCGCCAUCACACCCACAUUCUCACUUUGUAGCUCCGAAAAUUGUUCCCCAGCAAGUCGUGGUUACUCAGAACUUUAAUACGGGACCGACACAUUCGAGGUCAUUAUCUCAGUCGUCGUUCUUUUCGUUUGAUAACUUGCCUCCGUUAAGUCCUUCGGUGUUUAAGGAGUCUGGUUCGCCGAUUUCAGGGUCUAAUGAGGUUCCUCUGCAGGAGAGAGAUGGUGGUUUUAGAGGAGGGAGUGGGUUUCAUGUCAAUGAGGGGUUACCGCCUCCGCCUCGUAAAGGACAUAGGCGGUCUAGCAGUGAUGUUCCUUUGGGGUUUGUUUCGACUGGGCAGACUUCAGGGUCUCAGUUUAUGGCUAAGGAGAAGGAAAGGGAGAAGCCGGCACAGCUUGUAUUGAAGCGAGAGUCGGAUUGGGGUGGGACAAGGAAUGCUAGUGGUGAAGGGGAAGCUGAGAGGAAAUCUGAGGGUGAAGUAGUGGAUGAUCUGUUCUCUGCUUACAUGAAUUUGGAUAAUCUUGAUGCUUUGAAUUCUUCUAGUAUGGAUGAUAAAGAUAUGGAUAGUAGGGCGAGUGGUACAAGGACUAAUGACAGUAGUGAGAAUGAAGUUGAAAGCAGUACAGCUGGUAAUUCUCAUGGUAUUCAUGGGGAUACUUCAAGAGCUGUUAAGAGAGGCAAGAGAAGUGCCCCUGGAGAUAUUGUUCCAACUGGUCGGCAUUUCAGAAGUCUUUCUAUGGAUAGUUUUAUGGGGAGUCUUAAUUUUAAUGAUGAUUCACCCAAGCUUCCACCUUCCCCUGGUAUUCACUCAGCUCAGCAUUCACCCAGCAACUCAUUUGAUGAGAAUACCAAUCAGUUUAGCUUGGAGUUUGCCAACAGUGAUUUUACUCCUGUAGAGCUCAAAAAGAUCAUGUUAAAUGAGAAAUUAGCUGAGCUUGCAAUGUCAGAUCCAAAGCGUGUAAAGAGGAUUUUGGCAAACCGUCAAUCGGCUGCUCGUUCUAAGGAACGAAAAAUGAGAUACAUGUCAGAAUUGGAGCAUAAGGUGCAAACAUUACAGACAGAAGCUACCACACUGUCUGCUCAGCUCACACAUCUUCAGAGGGAUUCUGCUGGACUGACCAAUCAGAAUAAUGAGUUGAGAUUCCGUCUUCAAUCUAUGGAGCAACAGGCCCAGCUGAAGGAUGCUCUGAAUGAAGCACUUAGGGCAGAAGUCCAGCGUUUGAAGCUUGAAUCUGGUGAGCUAAGAGGUGAGGCCUCUCAGAACAUGUACCGGCAAAACAACGCUAACCAGCAAAACAACCAGAUGAUGCGGAUGCAUCCUUCUCUGUAUAAUAACAUGUACCAGCAAAACAACGCUAACCAGCAACAGCCACCACAACAGACCCAAGACCCUCAACAAAGCCAGUCCACUGAUGCUGCUCCUAAGAAUUAGACAAGAUUCUAUCUUUUCACAACUUGUAGUAGGGGCCUUUCUAAGAUCAUUAGCAAUCUGUUAGCGUACAUAUGUUGAAGUAUAUGUGUAUUUAUAUCCCAAUUCAUUAUCAUGAUAUCUAUUCGUUCAAUCUUUUAUGUGUAUUGUUUAGUCGACACCAAUGCUAUAUGUAUGAUGAAAUUUAUAAACCAUACUUGAUACCCUCCUCAUGGCUUCUCACUUCAAGGGGGAAAGUUGACAAUUGUAUAAUACUAUUAGUAAUUUAUAAAGUAUUUGGUUAGUGUGGUUUUUUUUA